ACCUACCUUGGUAUGGAGAAGCCUGUUCAGACCGCAGACCACCGCACUCCGCCAACACUCUAUCCCAUACCGCUGGGCAUUCCCCAUGAGCCUGGUCAUCACGCAUGGUGGUACAACAUCCUGCAUAACCAAUGCAUCACAAAUAGACACUGUGCUCAAAGCACUAGGACUGGCAUCAAAUUCGGAGCCGACCACCCUCACACCGAGACAAAGGCCCCCACACACCUGGGACAUGUCCAAAGUAAAACCGUUCCAGCCAACCGGACCCACCCCCACCCUCCACCUCAUUUAA